AUGUCCGUCAUAACCUCGGCAGCCCCAUAUUUAUCCUUGCUGGAUGAGCACGACCCUUCCUUGAAGGUGUAUGCACUCCAAUCUCUGGACAAACAAGUCGACCAGCUAUGGUCCGAAAUCGCCAACAGAAUUGCAGACAUUGAGCAGUUGUUUGAAGACAGCCAUUUUAGCCACAGGGAACUUGCCGCCCUUUUGGCAUCUAAGGUUUACUACAACUUGGGUGACUACGACUCUGCGGUCAAGUACUCCUUGUUGGCAGGGAAGGCGUUCAAUACCAAUGAAUCUUCCGAGUAUGUGGAAACAAUUGUGUCGAAGUGCAUUGAAUCGUAUAUCAGCCUAUCCCAGUCAAAGUAUGCUGAUGAUUCUGUCGUUAUAGACAGACAAUUGACAUCCAUAUUCGAGCAGAUGCUCACCAAAUGUGUCAACGAUAAUGAAAUCAAGUUGGCCCUUGGUAUUUCCCUCGAGAGCUACCGUCUUGACAUAGUAAAGAAUAUCAUCGACACCCAGAUCAAAAACAAAGUUUCCACUGAUAACAUAAUGGGUUUAAUUGGCUACGUUUUGACGUGUUCCACCACUGUGAUCAACGACGUCAACUUCAAGACUGAAACUUUGAAUGGCUUGAUUACCAUUUUGCUAAGCUUUGACAAUCCAGACUAUUUCCUUGUUACAAAAAUCAUAGUGCAAUUGAGCGAUUCAGUGUUUGCUCACCGGGUUCUCAAGAAGCUACUUUCCUCUGAUGACAACGUUUCAAUGGCUUAUCAGAUUGCCUUCGAUUUGGUUGGAAUUGCAUCCCAAGAAUUGCUAACCUCAACAUCUAAAUUCAUUGAGGCCGAUUCGGAAAUUGAUCAAACAAAUUCAAAAACCAUCAGAUUGAAGAGAAUUUUAUCCGGUGUGCCAACUUGUGAUUUAGAUAUUACUUUUCUCUCUGAACAUCGUAAUGUUGAUAUUUCCAUCCUGAAUGCAAGCAAGAAGGCCUUAGAUGGAAGAAACUCGUUGUACCAUUCCGCAAUCACCUUUGCGAACGCAUUUAUACAUUCAGGUACUACCGAUGAUUCCUUUUUUAGAUCGAACUUGGAAUGGUUAGGAAAGGCUAAUCACUGGUCGAAGUUUUCUGCAACCGCCGCAUUUGGUGUCAUCCACAAGGGUAACCUAUCUCAAGGCCGUGCAGUCCUUGAACCUUAUCUCCCAGGAAGUACCUCUAAUGCUCACACAAAUGGUGGCUCUUUGUUUGGUUUGGGCCUAGUGUUUGCUGGCCAACAUGGCCAGAUCUUGGACUACUUGCGUGACACUAUUGAACUGAACUCUAAUAGUGUUGAGAAUAAAGAUAACGAUAUCAUCCUCCAUGGUGCUUGCUUAGGUAUUGGUGUUUCGGCAAUGGGACUUGCAGACUUGGAUCUUUACAAUGAGCUGAAUGUCGUCCUUUAUUCUGACUCAGCAAUCUCUGGCCAAGCCGCCGCUCUAGCAAUGGGUUUAGUUAUGUUGGGUACCGGUAACGAAGAAGCUUUGAGCGACAUGUUUACCUAUGCACAGGAAACACAGCAUGAGACGAUCAUCAGAAGCUUGGCUGUUGGUAUGGCUUUAAUCAGCUAUGGAAAGGAAAAUAAAGCCGAGCCUUACAUCAAGAAAAUGUUAGACCACAAAAACUCUAUUUUACGUUAUGGUGCAUGCUUCACAAUUGGUCUUGCUUACUGUGGUACUUCCAACAGAUCUGCCAUCAAGAAGUUGUUGCAUGUAGCGGUCUCUGACUCCUCCGACAGCGUUAGAAGAGUUGCUGUCAUGUGCUUAGGUUUCGUCUUAUUGCGUGAAUACACUAAAGUUCCAACCAUUGUCGAAUUACUCGCCCAAUCUCAUAAUCCAUACGUUCGUUAUGGUUCUGCUAUGGCAUUGGGUAUCUCAUGUUCAGGAACCGGUCUUAAGAGUGCUUUGGACGUUUUGGAUCCGCUUUCUACAGAUGCUGUUGAUUUCGUUAGGCAAGGUGCUACCUUGGCAAAAUCUAUGAUUUUGAUUCAACAGAACGAAAAGACACACCCAAAGGUGAAGGAUUUCAGAGAGAAACUUGCUUCAAUUGUGAGUAACAAACAUGAGGAAUCUUUAGCGAGAUUCGGUGCGACAUUAGCGCAAGGAAUACUUGAUGCAGGUGGAAGAAACACUACGAUACAACUAGAAAAUACACAGACUAACACAUUGAAUAUGAAAGCCAUUGUCGGUUUGACAAUUUUCACGCAAUAUUGGUACUGGCAUCCUCUUUCACAUUUCUUAUCUCUUUCAUUUACCCCAACUUCAGUGGUAGGUAUAACUGAAAACUUGAAAAUUCCAAAGAUGAAGAUAAAUUGCCAUUGUAAGGAAGAUGUUUUUGGAUAUCCUCCAAAGGUUGAAGUUCAAGUCGCAAAACAGGCAGAAAAGGUAGCCACAGCUGUUCUUUCGACGACUCAUAGAGCUAGAAACAGAGCAGCCAAGAAAGAAAAAUCCAAGGAAGACAAGAUGGAUGUUGAUGAAAUGGAAGACAGAAAGGAUGAGGACAAAUCACCAGAAGCACAUACAGGGGUAGAGAACGAAGAAUUGCAGGAUAAUCAAUUCCAAUCUUUAUAUGCCAAGGAACCGUAUGAAAUUGAUAAUAUGACAAGAGUUCUACCGGCUCAAAUGAAGUAUGUUACAUUUGCCAAAAACUCAAGAUUCACUCCUUUGAAAAAGUUUAGAUCGAUUUGUGGAGUCGUUGUUCUUAAAGACAAUGAGCCAACGAAGCCUUUCGACAAGAUCAAGACUUUGAGGGAGAUGAACAUAUCGGAAGCUCCUGUGCCUCUUCCAUUUACUAUAAGUCCUGAGUUGGAUAACUUCGAAGGGUUAGAAUCAGAAUAA